UGAUGAGAGAAAGUCAAGCUUAAUGUCAUAUGAUUUCUGUUUUGUAUGUCAUCGAGCUAAUGACAUUAUUUAUUGAACGUCCCUCGUAGGUGAAAAAAGUGUUCAAGAUGCUGCUCAUUGACAACAAGAAGAACCUGAUGUCAGGAAUAGCUUCACUUGAUCCUUUUCCAGACAGGGAAGAAUUCUAUCCAUUCACUGCUGUGAAAAAUGAUGUCAAACUUCUUAAGGGACCUACGACUUUAAGACAGUUAAUGAAGGAUUACAUUUUGGAGGAUAUGGAAAUGCUUUCAGGAGGGCACUCUGGAGAAGGCCUUCAUUUUUUGUCAAAGGAGAUAGAAUCAAAUAUGGAAGAAUUUGUAGAGUUAAUAGAGUCUGAACGAGGCAAAUCAAGGAACAUAUUAUCUGGUCUUCUGAUGAAACUGGUAAAAAACAGUAAAUUACUGAAGGAUACAGAGACUUUGAGGGAGUUGACCCACUGUCUGGGUGUAAUAGGUCCUAUUGAUCUUAUGAUACUAGCACUACCUACUUCUGAUGUGGAAGAGACUGGAGCCAUGCAUAACCUUUUGCAGAUUAUGGAACUUUUAGACCAGCAUCUUAUUGACAAAGACAUGAAGACAGUUCAAGCAACAUCACAGGUCCUGAAAAAUAUUUAG